GUAAAUAAGUAAUAACAGUUCACGUAAUAACUCAAAAACUUUUGAAUAUAUCCGACGGAUUGAAUGGAAUCUCGAUGAUUCGUCGCGAAGAACUUUGUAAAUACAUUGUCUGAUAAUGUACAUGUAGAUGUAGACUUUAGAUACCAAAUAUAUCGAUACUUUGCAGAUGUCUCUUAGGGUAGUAAAUCGUGGUUUUCGGUCGACUGCGAGAUUUUUGUCCAAAAAUAUGUCGGUGGGUGAGACUCCCGCCAAAGCGGCGCUGUGCUGCGGAGACGCUGAAGGCUCACCACCAACGUACGCGAUGUACGAGGCCUUAAAAGACUCGUGCCAAAACAACGCAUCAUAUUUCCAACCUGAUGAUAGUGAAAAUGGACAACGGCUGUACCAGGGGUUCAUGACACUCAUAGACCACAUAGACUCUGUUUGGCCACUUGUGGAUCAUGUUAGAAAGGUAGCCCCACUAUAUGAUUUCGACAGUAAGUCACCAGGCAAUGGGUACAGGAGUUUUGUGUCAGUUGUGGAUAGCUGUAUACUGCAUGGAUUGAAACUGAGUCGACAAGUUUGCACAAAGCGAGACACACUACUGUUCCGGAAAGGAUAUUUUGUCAAGGAGGUGGAAUCCUGUAGCCAGCUCCUGGCAUCCCUGGGCACGUGUCUUCAUCACCUCCAGACGCUGCUAUCGUGGGGUGCUCCCGGGGAGCUCUUCCCAACGGAGCCCCAUUCACCAGAAGAGCUGUUCUCGCAGGCAGACACUAUCAACCAGUACUGCUUCUAUGGAAGGUGCUUGGGGUUCCAGUUCCUACCCUCAAUGCGAGGUAUACUCAAAGGCAUAUCCAUAUGCAUGGCCGGCUUCUCCGAGGCCUACUACAGCCACGGGAACCUCAUCAGCUCAGUGUGGACCGGGGGCCAAUACCUUAUUGACCCAGAGAUGAGAGCACGCCGCAUUGUGAACAUCUCGCACUCGGCUAGCGUGGAAUUUUGUAAGGCGUUCUGGUUUCUGGCUGAGAGUGAAAUAAUGAAGAGGGUACCAAGCAUAAUGUCAUCUACUGUCGCUGUGAACAAGUUAAUCACUAUACCGCCCGAGCCCAUACACAUGGUCACCAAUAGCGGUGCUGAGCUAACAGUGCUGCCGCCGACAGUACAUAUUGGAUUACAGGGGCUGAAUGUUACACUGAUUAGCGCUAGUAAGAGGGAAGGGAUGAACGACGAUUCUUCAAGUCUCCCGCCGUCAGAUGGCGUGCUAUUCCACUGUCAUGGCGGCGGCUUCGUCGCUCAGAGCUCCAAAUCCCACGAAACGUAUUUACGGGACUGGGCUUCCAAACUAAACAUGCCGAUAUUAUCAAUCGACUACAGUUUGGCCCCACAAGCGCCUUUCCCUAGGGCACUAGAGGAGGUGUACUACGCCUAUUGCUGGAUGGUUAACAACUUUAAACUCAUCGGGACUACUGGUAAACGCAUCGUCUUCGCCGGCGAUUCUGCGGGCGCAAACCUCAUAGCGGGCUGCACGCUCAAGAUACUGACGUCAGACCUGCGUCCGCCCGACGGGCUGUUCAUGGCGUACGCGCCGCUGCUGAUAUCCUUCAUACCGAGCCCGGCGAGGCUGCUGUGUCUCAUGGACCCGCUGCUACCUUUUGGCUUCAUGAUGCGGUGUCUCAAAGCGUACGCCAGUCCAAACGGCAAAGGCAACGAUGAUAAGAAAUCCAACAAAGAACUAACAUCGUCCAACGCUACCACACCAAUCGAAGGGAACGGGUUUCUAAAAGUUAGCCCGUCACAAGAAGCAAUAAGCGAAAGUCCGUCGUCGUUCGAGGAGGUGUCCCCGUCUGAUCUGUUGGAGCUGCAAGCGGUGGUGUCGGGCAGCGAGCGCCGCCGCUCCGGCGACACCACCGCCAGCGCCUCGCUGCGCACCGAGCACACGCCCACAGAUAUAACGCCUACCGAGGACAGAUCGCAACAGUACGUAUCAGAUUUCCUAGAGCGGUACGUUUUCGACAGUGACACCGACUCGGAUGGGCGACGGUACCCCGUCGUUAGGCCCGCGCACGCCAGAGAACCAGAUUCGGAAAACUCAAGUACGUUGGUCGGAGAGCCACCGCUUAUUAUAGAUUCCGACCAAAAAGAUAAGAAAAAAAUUAAAACACGUAUAAGCGAGGCGGCGACAGGUAUAAUGGGCGCUAUGUCGUCUCGGCUGGCGUAUAUCACCGGUUCUAAUGACAUCGCGGGGCCUACGAGAGAUGAGUUGGCGGCGCGUACGAAUCUCGACGCGUUGAUCGCCCGCAGUCCGUCCGACGAGUUCAUAUUCUCCGUGCCGCGAGAUCCCUUCCUCUCGCCGUACUACGCCGACGAUGAGUUGCUCAAGCGAUUCCCGCCUGUUAGGAUAUUGACGGUACACUUGGACCCGUGUCUCGACGACUGCGUCAUGUUCGCCAAGAAACUGAAGGGUCUUGGCAACACGGUGGGCAUAGAUGUAUUAGAGGGACUACCGCAUGGAUUCCUCAACUUUUCUCUUAUGGCCAAUGAAGCGAAUGAAGGAUCAAAGUUGUGCGUUGAGAGAAUAAAACAGUUGUUCGACUUAGACACUACAAAAUUAUGAGCAUGUCGUGUCAUUUAUAGAUAUGUAGGGCUUUAGUAUGCUGUGCCUGUAUUAUAACUAACAAUUAAAAUGUAAAAAGUAUAUUUCAUUUGCCUGUUUAUGUUGUCUAAAAAAGUAAAGUGUAAUUUAUUUUUGUCUAUGGUAACACUUGACUUAGAGUUGCCAUACCACAGCAACUUCAUUAAAUCAUCAAGAAAAAAUAUAAUUAUUUUAGCAUCACAACUUAAUAUUGUAUUAGGGAUUUAUUAUUAUGUGUUCAAAGUUUAUUGAUGUCGAGAUGUUGCUAUAAGCAAAAAUAAAAUAACGAAUUAUAUUCUCAAUAAAUAAAAUUUAUAAUGAAUUAAGGAUUUUAAAUAUUGAUAUUGUAAAUACUUUAAUAUUUUUAACUAAUGGUGCGAUGGAAAAUAUUUGGUGUCUUUUUAAUUUGUAGUGCAAAUAAUAAUUAUUCAUGAUAUUGACACGAUCAAAAAUACCAAAUAUGUAAUUUUUAUUAAUUAAUAUCUACUUUAUAAAAUAUAUAAGAAACAACAUUAUGUUAACCACACUUAUGUACAGUCUUUUGGAUUUACUUAUUAUUUCAAAAAUAAAUCGAAAGACUGUUCAAAUGUUAUAAAUAUAAUAUGAUAAUUUUAUAGUACUUACCUACUUACCAAAAUGUGCAGUAGAUAUUAUUUGCAAGCUUUACCUACCAAGAGCUUUUAAAUAUUACAAUAUUAACGUCAGGCACCCAUUCAAUGGUUUAAAUUAUUUGCAACUGUUAACGUUAACGUUAUUUCUGAACAUUUCCAACAUAAUGAAACAGUAAAAGACAUCACUGUGAUUAAAAUUCAUUUUGUGAAUACCCAUGUUUAACAAUAUUGUUUGUAGGACCAUUGAAAAUAAAACCUCGUUUCUGCAUAAUAUCAAGUUUUUUUACUAACUUUUAUGAUCGUAAGACACUAAUUAAAUUAAAUUAUUAAUAUAUCCUAAACAGAAUAAUAGAAAGCAGGAACAUUGAAGCUGCUGAUGGUUAAUUAAUGUCCGCAAAACCUAUUUUAAAGAAUAUUUUAUUGGUACUUAAUAUGCACUAUUUAAUUGUUAUUUGAAUUGACUGGCAACAUUACGUGCGUAAUUCCAUCCUGUUUGUGCAAAUUUUAUUACAUGGUAUGUCCAAAAUUUUCUAAAUUAUUUUAUAAUAAUAACAUCUAAACGCAACGCUUAUUAGAUAGAAUAUAAAUAAAUUAAUGUGUAGAUAUUAUAUUACAAGUUGGAAAAGUAGUCCGCCUCAAUUAAUAUAUCGAGUUAUAAAGAAUAUUAAAACUAUUGUCUAUUAUAUCUAGUGUUGCCAUAUUCGUCCGUAUCUUUUACUAUAUCUACACACAAUUUAAAUAUACUUACGACGGAUUUUAAUCUGAGCGUUUUGUAUCAUUUAUAAUGAUAAUUAUAAUUAUUUAUAAAUUUGUUUUUAUCUGCAAUUAACUUAUGAAUUUGAAAUGUUGGCUUGAAUAAUGAUUUUAUAUUUUAAUGCAUUUUUAGGUUAAGAAGGGUAGAAUAGUAAUUAGUUUUUAAAUGUUUUUAAUUUAAAUAUACUUUGAAUAUACUUUGAAUAAAUGAAAUUCAGCUUAAUGAUUAAUUUACAUUUACAGAGUUGCACUUUUUUACUUAGGCUGAGCGCAAACUACUGACAAAACUGUCGCUGCGACUUUUUUUUCUUUUUAUUAGGUUAGGUCUCUCCUAUUAUUAUUAUAUGUAUAUGUAGUUCUCGUACAUAACAUAGAAAUUUUGGCACUUGUGUUUGUAGUUUCCUUAAAACGAGGCGGCAAAAAGACUCUAAAUGGAGCUUGGGACGCCUCUUGGACUUAAUGUGAAGAAUGUCGCAAAUCGUUACAGUUUUGUCUUCCGAAUGCGUGUAGCUAAGGCGCCUUUCCACAUUAUGCGGUACGAAUUACGAUAUCGGAUAUCAUCCCAAUAAGACACAGAUGUGACAAGGACAGGGAUGUGUUUUAGUAUAAAACACAUAUCUGUCUUUCUCAUUUUCGUGCACUUUAGGUAAAAUAAGUGCUUAAAAUCAACGUAUAAUGUUUUCUGUAUAUCGCAUCACAUAAUGUACAAACGUUCUUAGGGCCGUGCUACACCGGAAUGGCAGCGGCGAGGCGA